AGAGUAAACCAACAGGUUUUGACUAGAGUUUGUCACAUGGACAAGAAAUGAUCAAACGCAGGCUACAUGAGGUAGAAAAAUGUCACCUUAGAAAACACCACUGUUUUGCUGAACUAAAAGAGAGUCUUUGUUUCUGUGUUUUUGUGUUUUCUGUUGCAGAUACGGAAGCAGAGAGAAAUGCUCUGAAAGAACAUGUCUACCCCAAACUGAGAGACUUCUGUAGAGAGAAUUAUGGCAUUGAGUUCCAGGUGGUGGACUUGUACUGGGGGGUUGACCCAGAAGAGUGGGACAGUCCAGAACUACAGAGACUGCGGAUGAAGCUUCUGGAAGAAUGUCUGAAAACGUCUGCAGGUCCAUGCUUUGUUGGUUUGGUGGGGGAGAAGUAUGGAAGUAUUCGGGUUCCGGGGGAGGUGGAGUCGGCUGAGUUUGAGAUGAUCCUGGAUGCGGCAGUGGAAGCAGGUCUGGACACGCGGCUCCUGGAGGAAUGGUACUGCCGGGAUGAAAACUCAGUACCGCCGGCAUACUACCUCAAACCCAAAGCCCAGAUGCUGAAGAACUAUCAGAACUCGAUGGAGUCAAGCAGUGCUGCAAAGUCUAAGAAUGAUAAGGCCUGGAGGGCAGUCUCUGAAGAGAUCAAGAAAAUCUUCAGAACUGCAGUUCUACAACUACAGGAGAAGGGAACCAUGAAGAGCGCACAGGCCAAGAAAUUCCUCUGCUCAGCGCUAGAAGACGAACUGGACUUUGCUUUAGGAAAACAAACUCCAGCCUUCCUGAAGAAGUGUGUGUGCUACAUUCGCAAAAUCUCCAACUUCGACCGCUUUGCCAAGUUACCAGAGAUGGCGCGCUAUAUGGACAUUGUCACGAGUGGGGACCGCAUCAUGAGGAACCAGGAGGCCUACGAGAGGCUUCUAAAAGUCAGAGAUGAGUUCAUCCCCACUGUAGUUGCAGCGUCCAACCUCCGCGUCUAUUCCUCAGUCACCCACUGUGACAUGAAGCUGGGCUAUUCCCAAGAGGUGGAAAGCCACUAUGUGGAAGGCCUGUGUAAGCAGUUCUAUGAAGACAUGGUGGACAUCAUUCAGGCUACAGUACAACAAAACUUUGAUACAGAGACCGAUCCGCUAUAUGACGAGAUCAUACAGCACCUUUCACUCUGCAAGACCUAUUCCUCAUUCUAUGUCUAUAAGAGUGAGGCACUGGAUAUGGUGCUGGAGUACCUGUACCCCUCCAAAGGAGGGAGGAUAAUGCCCCUAGUGGUGUAUGGAGGACCUUGCACAGGGAAGACAUUGUUGCUUGCUGAGGUGGCUAAACAGGCCUACUCAUGUCUUCAGAAAGAAAUGGGGCCAGAAACAGAUCCUGUGGUCAUUGUUCGCUUCAUUGGCUCCUCUGACCUCUCUACAGACCUUCGUAACUUUCUCCAAAGUAUCUGUGAGCAGAUUGCCAUCAACUACCGCUGCUUGAUCCAUUUUUUACCACACAAGAUCCAGGAAAUGAGAGAAUUGCUGGUUAACCUACUGGGAGAGUCAUCCUUCCACCGUCCCCUAGUCAUCAUCUUGGAUGCCUUGGAACAGCUGUCAGAUGCAGACGACGCUCGCAAACUUUGGUGGCUGCCUAUCCACCUUCCUCGAACAGUUCGCAUUGUGGUAUCAACCCUGCCCAACAAGCACGGGAUACUACAGAAAUUGCGUUGCCUGAUUCAUGAUGAGGACUGUUACGUAGAGCUGAUGCAAAGGGACCGCAAGGCAUGUAGCCAGACACUCAAACAACAACUUCUGGGUGUCAAACGAAAGGUAACCUCAGGUCAACAGAUAUAUGUAAAUGAAGCACUGGCUAAAUGUACACUGCCCAUGUUUGUCAACCUUAUUUAUCGUGAGGUGGUACACUGGCGGUCACACAAAGAUGUAGAUGACAAGUCCCUGUGCUCAACGGUACAUGAGAGUAUAGAGCAGCUCUUCUAUUCCAUAGAGAGGAAGCUAGGGUCUCGCUUUGUCUUCCGUGCAUUGGGCUACAUUACAAUGGCACGUGCAGGGUUGACAGAAGUGGAACUGGAGGACAUAUUGUCUUUGGACAAUAGUGUACUUGGUGACAUCAUGGUCAGCUCAAAUCUAAAGAGUCCGCUUCGAAUCUCCUAUGAUCUCAUUGCUCGACUAAAAGAAGAGCUGGAGGGUUACUUGGUGGAGAGACAGGUUCGUAAUGUAACUCUGAUGGUUUGGGCGAACCGGCAUCUGCAUCUUAUUGCACAAAAACUGUACCUCAGUAAUGAAGAGGAUGUGCAUCAGAUGCACAGCCUUUUGGCUGAGUACUUCCUUGGCGCAUGGGCAGGUGGUAGAAAGAAGAUCUUCCACUGCGACAACAAUCACUUUGCCUCAUUAAACAUCUCUCAGCAUCGGAAUCCUCAUCACCAACAGAGCCUUCAUGGGCAUGACAAAGCAUCUGCUGACAAGCACUCUUAUGACCGACAAUCUCCUGAACAACCCUGGGUGUUCCAGUGCAACUUGCUCGAGCCAGAUAUCUUCUUUGUCAAUCACAGAAAAAUGACAGAAUUGCUGUUUCAUUUGACAAGGAGUGGGCGGACAGAUGACCUAAUGUAUGGUGUAAUCAUGAAUUUCAGUUGGCUCUAUACCAUGAUAAAAAUUGGGCAAUUUGACAAGGCCUUGAUGGACAUUGACAUGGCUUACAGCUACACACAAGAAAAGGAGCUCAAGUUUCUUGCUAGCACACUACGCAGUAUAAAGGUCAAGGUGACCAAGAACCCUGCGUCACUGUCUGCUGAACUUCAGCAAAGGCUUCUUCCUGUAGUUACAUCCCUUCCCAAACUCAGACAUCUCUUACUAGAGUGUGACAAGGACGGACCCAAAUACUGCUCCAUAGUGCCGCUCCACUCUUCCAUGGAUGUCACUUACAGUCCUGAGAGACUCCCGCUGUGCUCUAGCUACAUGCAAAUUGUGGAAAUUCUACCCACAUUGGCCCCCAACAUUGUAAUCGCAGCUCUUGAGGAUGGCUCCAUCAGUACAUGGGAUGUAGAGAGCAGACAGUUGCUGAGACAGAUAGACACAGCAAGGUCAGUUGUUCUUGGUGUUAGGCUCACUACAGAUGAGAAGUACCUUGUGGUUGCUACCACAAAAAACACACUACUCAUUUAUGACAACCAUAAAUCCUGUUUGUUGUCAGAGGUGGAUAUUAAAGGCUCAAAGCACUGUGGCAUCACAGGAGGAGUUGCAUUCAUCAAUGGGUUUACCUUGUCCAGCCACCAUGCCUUAGCUUGGUUGGAGGCCAGCAAGGAUGUCAAUGUGAUUGACCUGCUCUAUGGCUGGCCGCUGUAUCAGUUCCAUUGCUGGUAUGAGGUAACCUGCGUUGAAUGCUCCCCAGAUGGAAUGUAUGCUUUCUGUGGGCAAUACCUAAACACCACUACCAUUUUCCACCUUGGAAGUGGAGACAAACUUGCCACAAUGACCUCUGAGUUUUCUGGGGGAUUUGUGAAGUCCAUCCUGGUUCUAGACACAAUCCACCAAAUGGUGAUGAUUGACAAUGAAGGCAGCCUUUCUGUUUGGAAUACCAAAGAUAUCACAAAUCCCAGGCUUAUGGAGGACUAUGACUGUCGAGGGGAUGAAAGUGAGGUGGUAGGGAUAGAACUGUCAGAGGAUCAAAGAUCCAUACUUAUUUGCAAAGCAAGAAGCAUUGAGGUGCUUGAUACUAAGCUUUGGAAGAUGGUAGAAAAGUUCAGGGCCAAGCGUAGCGAAAAAUUUGUGGCUGCUGUGCUCUCAAAAAACGGCCAAAGUAUUGUGGCAUCCAUGGAAAACACCUCAUCCAUAUUUGUGUGGAGAAGAGACAGUGGUCAGUGUAUGGCUAGUUUGAUAGAGAUAUCAGGAGCCAUUGUCAAGUUGAUCAAGUCAGCACAUCAUAACUUGCUCUUGUCUGUAGCUAGCAGUGGGGUUCUCUCAGUUUGGGACAUUGACAUCAUUACAGCAAUGUCAAACAUUGACAAAACAGGAAAACGAAUCCAAAGUGUUCAGCUAUCAGGCAGAGAGGACUUUGUGUACACAAUGGAUGGGUCCGAAGCCAUUCAUAAGUGGAACUUCAGCACAGGUUUCAUUGAGAUGGUGUUUAAGCAUGAAGGGCUUGUGGAGAACUGUGUUCUUACCACAUCCGGUGACCUCAUGGUAACAUCCGAUGACAAAUGUAGCCAGUACAUCUGGCACACAACCACAGGAGAGAAUAUCUUCCGGAUCAAUGGCCAAAAGAUAUCCCAACUUCUCAUCACCCACAAUGACCAAUUUGUGGUCUCUCUCUGUGAGCAAAAUGCUUCUCGUGUCUGGAGACUUGCUACAGGACACAAAGUGUGCAACAUCCUGGUAACUCUCCAGCAUGCUCUCAUCACCACAGCAAACACUUUCCUAGUUGGCACAACAAAAAACAAGCUGUUGGCCGUUAGCUUGUGGUCAGGCAGUGUAUCCAAGAAGUUUAUCUGUGAUGAUGGCAUCACAAUCAUAAACUUUAAGCUAAUUCCAGACAGUCCAGACUAUGUAGUCUUCAUCACGUCAACAGAGACUGUUUUCAUAUGGAGCGUAGCUGACGAGUCUGUCUGUAGAAGGGUGCAGCUACCAAGCAACUUCUUGAAGAACUUGGAAGACUUCCAAAUCUCACCAAAUGGGAAGCUGGGCAUUGUGUCCAAAGGAGAUGAGAACAUUAAUGUCCUAGAUUUGCACAGUGGCAAACUCCGCCUUGUCCAUGCUGCUGGCAUAAUAUGGAGGCAGAAGCUGUCACGGGAUGGACGGUACUUGGUGUACAUCUGUUUCCGUAACUGUGACGAGGAUGAUGACGCAGGCGUGGUUUCUAGUUUAAUUGUCAUGCGACUCGCUGAUGGGAAGAGUAUUGGUACCUGUUCUCUCUACAAGACACCAACCUACUUGUGCCUGUCACAACGAGCACUCAACAUUAUCGUUGGCUUUGAGGAUGGCAGCAUCGGCACCUACACAGUUGUGGACCGUGUGGAUGCAGCCCUUAAAAUCAAGAUUGCCACCUCCAACAGCCGCCAGAUCGUUAACAAUGCCUCACAAAAAGUGCGACCCAAGUGUAGCACCAAUGCCUUCAAGACCGUUGCUGAUUGCGUGUGGAGGGAGUCCACUGAAGUCUUCUCUAGAGAUAGCCCCAUCAAUGUCUCAGACAGUGGGGAGCCAGAGACUACAACACCCACAAAGAAGAGUGAAGUACUGCAGUGAGAGUGCCCUCUUCAGGAUGGUAGAGAUUUAUGUGAAUGGGGCCAGAUUUGGAUGCAGUUGAUUCUUGUUUACAGCAACCUUGUGACUUGUUCAGUUGCACAAAUCCGUCCUCAGUUGUUGUUGUUACUGGCCAUUUACUAUAAAAGCUGCACUCAAUCAAGCCACUUUCAUUCUGUUGUCCCUUGUCGGUUGACAUGACUCAGCAUAUUACAUGUGUAAUUUCAGAAAUAUCAGUGUUACAUAGAUCUUUUACAUUGCUCUAUUCAUUCUGAUGGGCUUUAUCAUGUUUUUCCUAUGUAAGUACAUAUAUUUUCAGAUGCAUUGUUUCAUUCAA